AUGGGUGCCUACAAAUACGUAGAGGCUAUUCACCAGAAGAAGCAGUCGGACCUGCUCAGGUUCCUGCUCCGCGUGCGGUGAGUGUCCACUACUGGAGCUUGUGCACGGAGGUCGUAGCGAGUCCUACAGAGAUGGGCAGAGAAAUACCGAUCACAAGGCAUACCAAGAGUCAGGUUUCCUUGAGCGCUCAUACCCAUCGCUUUAAAAACAGAUGCUGGGAGUACCGCCAACUUCCAGUCAUUCACCGAUGCUCGCGCCCUUCGCGCCCAGACAAGGCUCGCCGUCUCGGCUACAAGGCCAAGCAAGGCUAUGUCAUCUACCGCAUUCGCGUUCGCCGCGGUAACCGCAAGAAGCCUGCUCCCAAGGGUGCCACAUACGGCAAGCCCGUCCACCAAGGUGUCAACCAUCUCAAGUACCAGCGCAGUCUGCGUUCUACUGCAGAGGAGCGUGUUGGCCGCAAAUGUGGUGUGAGUCGAUUUGUGGCUUUCUCGGAUCUUACAGAUCACGCUGGCUUACACACAGUCACCACGCGUUUUUGCUGCUAUCAACAGAACUUGCGAAUUUUGAACUCGUACUGGGUCAAUGCUGAUGGUGUCUACAAGUACUUCGAGAUCAUCGCUGUGGACCCAUCGCACAAGGCCAUCCGCCGCGACGCUCGCAUCAAUUGGAUCGUCGACCCCGUUCACAAGCGUCGCGAGGCUCGCGGUCUGACCGCUACCGGCAAGAAGAGCCGCGGCCAUCUCGGCAAGGGUCACCGCUUCAACCACACGAAGCACGGAGGAAAGAACUCGACCAUCCGCAAGCGCGACACUCUCCAGCUCAGACGUUAUCGCUAA